AUGGCAGCUUUCUCUAGAAACAAACGAGUUUCUGGCUUCUUCGACGAAGAAGCCAGAGCUCGACUUAUCGCCUCCGAUCAUUGCAAUCUCAACUCAUUAUCCGACGACAAUGAGUCAAUCUCCCUCUCUGCUCUAGUGCAUGGCUUUCUUGAAGAACACACCAACAGCAACGAUGACUCGGUGGCUAACGAGUUUGAAAUGGACCGAGUCGACUCAGACAACGACUCAUCGAUGAUGAAGAGGUUAAACGCUGUGCAAUCAAACAAUGAGGAUCAUUACAGAAUCACGCUUCUCGAACACGUUUCGGAAGCAAUUGAGUUCUUCGCGUUUUUAAAAGAGCGAAAUAUUUCUAAUUUCAGGCAGAGUGUGGCGGCGUUUCUCAGAGAGAGAGGACACGACGCGGAGGUUUGUGUUACCACGUGGAAUGCUUACGACGGCGCUAUAACCGCCGGUAGCUAUGAGUUCAUCGACGUGGUGCAAACAGGAUUCAUCACGCGGCGGUAUUUCGUGGACCUAGAAUUUCGCGCUCAAUUUGAAAUUGCUAGGCCGACGCGGCAGUUCUCGGAGGUGUUGAGCUCCGUUCCCGGCGUUUUCGUCGGAGGAGAGACGGAGCUGAGACGAACUGUUACGAUUUUGUGCGAUGCGGCGAAGAGGUGUUUUAUGACUAGAGAACUUUCAAUUCCGCCGUGGAGAAAAACCCGGUUCAUGAAGAAUAAGUGGUUUGCGCCGUCCAGACGAACCGUUAAUCCGGUUUAUGGAAAACCGGUGAAGGUAACGGCAGUGAACGGCGUUAGUUGUAGGUUGUUGGGUUUUCACGACGUGGUUAUGGAGACUAGACGGGGAGGGGCCGUUACUGUUCGUACAAGAUGA